UUGGAAAUAAGAUAGGCAUUUUUGAACUAGUUCUAAUGAUCGAAUUGAUUUUGUAGUGGAAAAGUAUCGACUACAAGGACUGUUUUACGUGGUAAAACUUUCGUCCUUCCCUGCCACCCACUCGAAGCUUCAGUGGAGAUGGCUUGCUUUUUCCAGUUUACUUCCCAAACAUCCUGGCCGAGUGAUUAAUAUUAAUUACCUACCUUGCGGAGCUGCGCUACUCUUUCAACAACCGUGAUACCUCAAUGCUGAACUCGGAUGCUGUUCAUCGUUAGCCUAGGGAAGCUUGUUUGCUACAAGUAAGGCCAAUGCUUCGGCUCAACCUGAAGCAAUGGGGCGGCUUACCUUGCCGGUAUCUGAGGUUUUCAUUCCCUAGAUCAGAAAAGAGGUUACUGGUUCCCUGUGGACCAAGACCACAACCAACCCAGACGUUGAGAUUAAACCUCAAAAGACAGGUUCAUCACGGAGCCCGCUCCUCAAGGGCAUCUGAAACACUUGCACCCCAUGAUGAUACAAUUUACGCACUCUCUUCCGCACAAGGAAGAGCCGGUAUAGCAGUCAUCCGCAUCUCGGGCCCGGACUGCUUAGAGAUAUACCGCCGUCUCUGCCCUGGCAAGAAACCACCCAAGCCGCGGUAUGCAGCCGUCAGGACUCUGUACGCACCGGAAAACCGCCCAGGCACGCCGGACGUGCUCGACUCCGGUGCCCUGGUCCUUUACUUCCCGGGCCCCAAGACCGUAACCGGCGAGGACGUGCUCGAACUGCACACGCACGGCGGGCGGGCGACCGUCAAGUCGGUGCUGUCAGCUAUCCCGCAGUGCGCCCCUGCGGCGUCGCGCGUGCGAUACGCAGACCCGGGCGAGUUCACACGGCGCGCCUUCUUCAACGACCGCCUGGACCUCGCGCAGGUCGAGUCGCUCGGCGAUGCGCUGGACGCCGAGACGGAGCAGCAGCGCCGCGCCGCCGUGCGGGGAAGCUCGGGCCGCCUUGGAGCGUCGUACGACAACUGGCGCGAGAGGCUUUUGCUCGCCCGCGCCGAGAUCGAGGCCCUCAUAGACUUUUCCGAGGACCAGCACUUUGAUGAGAGCCCGCGCGAGCUGCUGCAGAGCGUUGUGGGUCAGGUGCGCGACAUUCUCGCCCUCAUCGCCCUGCACGAGAUGGGUUCCAAGCGCAGCGAGCUCCUGCGCAAGGGCAUCAGGAUCGCGCUGCUGGGCCCGCCCAACGUUGGUAAGAGCUCGCUCAUGAAUCUGAUCGUGGGACGGGAGGCGUCCAUCGUCUCGACCGAGGCGGGGACUACGAGGGACAUUGUCGAAGCGAGUCUUGACAUCCGGGGCUACCUGUGCACGUUUGCCGAUACCGCGGGUUUCAGGUCCGAAGAGACGACCGACGCAUCUUCGCCCGCCGAGAUUGGCAUCGUCGAAAAGGAAGGGAUCCGCAGGGCGAGAUCCAAAGCCAUUGGCUCAGACAUCGUCGUGGUUCUAGCAUCUGUCGAGAAACAGGGCAACGGCGAGUACUCGAUCUGUUACGAGCAGGAGACGGUCCAGCUUGCGGCGCAGGCCCCGCAGAGCCUUGUAGUCAUCAACAAGAGCGAGCAAGUCCCCGCGUCAGCACUCAAAACGCUCGUUGCGGGCUUCAAGGCACGCGUCUUGGCACCGUUUUCGGGCCUCCAAGGUGCUGAGCCGCUCGUAAUAUCAUGUAAGGAGGGUGGUAACGCUGACGCCGUAGGGCUGAAGAACAACGAGGCAGAUCCUGGCGCUAUCCAUGCUCUGGUAGACAGCUUGUCCGCCCGCUUUGAGAGUUUGACAUCACUGCCUGACGAUAUGCAGGAUCUCCUGGGCGUCACUGAACGUCAGGGUCAGCUAUUGGCUAGAUGUCGUGGCCAUCUGGAUGACUUCAUUUCUGAAGCUACCAGGAGCUCUGAUGAGCCGGGCAGCCAGAUUUACCAGCACGAAGAGGAUAUAGACGUUGUGCUUGCUGCUGAACAUCUCCGCUACGCCGCCAAUGCUCUGGCCGAGAUAACUGGUCGUGGCGGCUAUGGAGACACUGAAGAGGUCCUUGGUGUCAUAUUUGAAAAGUUUUGUGUUGGUAAAUAAUAUUGAUAAUUUUGCAACUCUUAUUGUAGCAAAACAGCAUGUCUAGCGAAUGAAUAUAGGAGAGAGGGAUCGAGGCAGUGAUGCCCCCGGCCCGUUCCCGUACAUCCCCGGCUACUUUCUCCCCCGAUGAGACGAAGAGAAAUAUUGCUAGAUGACGAACAGGAUAGAAUGGAAAAGAAAUAAAAAGAAAAAGGCUGUCUAAGAGCGCCUGCGUAAUGCUGUCAUUGUUCUGGUGGUAUCCGCGGUUGCCGCGUCCUGUUCUUUAAAAAAAAAAAAAAGCGGUUGCCCGUUGGUUGAGUCUUGUAUCGCUCGCUG